AUGUCAGCGGUACCGGAUCCUGCGCAUAAUCAGCUUGAUCUUGUUCGAAUUGGAUACUAUGAUCCCUUUGGAGUGUAUCCACAUAUACAAAACGACAUUUCUAAGCGACUACCAUUGACCAAUCUCCAUAUCCGUCUCAAGCCAAACCAAUCGGUGAAAACCAUAACCAAGCUCGAUGUUGACUUUGUUGAAGAAGUACCCAAGAAAAGCGACUACAUCACUCACGACAUCAAGACUUAUGUGCGUCUUAUAUUUGUACGUGUUGAUUCAUUGGACAAGUAUCGGGGCCAAGUGCGACCACUUAUUCGAGAAUGGUUGAAAAAUUUAGUACUAAAGACCAAUUGUUCAUGGAUGAUUGUGUUGUAUAUUCCUCAAGAUGCAAAAGAUCGACUGUCUUCGAUUAUGAAGACUUCGUUUUUUGACAAGUUGCAACAUGAUUUUGGUCCAGAGGGGAAGGAAUUGAAGACGAUUUUACCCAUGGGUGAAGAUAGUAUAAAGAAUGAUGGAGAACGAGUGUUUAAGUUGAAACAAUCACUGGACGAGGAGGAUAUAAUUACAUCAUUUAUGAUGCAGUUGAAGGCAUUGCUUCUGAAUUCUUUUGUUGGUCGGUACCAUACUUUCAAUGAAUUGAUUCAUCAACGGAAAAACGUGGAGCAGUUCGCUGCCAAGUUGGAGUUGUACAAUUUACUCAAGGACAUGAAGUUAUUACAGGAUGCAUUGCUUGUGAAUGAGGAGUUGGCGGAUGACUUGGAUAAUCUUGCCGCUCAUAAUGCCGACAGUUUCAAUCACGAGUUGCAAUUGAGCUCAUCAUUGACAGAUUUCAACUUUGAUGAUUUUGUAAAUGAGGAGCAACUCAAACAGCAAUUGGUCAACCUGGAAAAGAUCAAUCUUGUGCAAUUAAAGAGUCUUAUAUUUAUCAACGAAUCAUUCAUCCUUCAGGAGUUGGCGCGUGGUGCUGUGUCAAACUCCAUUGCUUCUAAACAUGUCUCAAAAUUGUAUCAACGACUAAUGCUAUUUCUCAAUGAUUCCCAUUUCAACGAUAAUAAUGAGUUUGUGUAUUUGCUCAUUGAGUCUUUUUUGGACAUUCCAAUUGUGCAACAGUUGAUUGAUCUGGUGAGCAAGUCUGGCGACGACGAUGGAGAUGUUACUGUUGCAUCUACUAAUGAGGUGCCUUUGAUUGACAUAUUGGAAAUGCGUGCCCAGUUGAAGUUGUUUAAACGAACCGUUGUUGGAAAGAUCGCUAAAUUGCAAAACAUCGUAAUUGAUGGAUUACGAGGGGAUGCAUUUGAAGAAGUAGCGUUGGAUGAAGAAGAUCAGAAACAGGCUAAAGUCAUCAUCCAGAGUCCGGAAUUACUGGAAAUUGUCAAGGAUGAGAAAUCGUUUGUUGAUUAUUAUUUUGGCCUAACUGAGGAUAUCAUUGCCGAUUUGGUCAAGUGCACUAGAGUGAAGUCGAUCGAUAUCCUAUCGCUAGACCUAGCCAUUCUCAAUUAUAACCAAGGAAAUUAUCAAGAAUGUUUAGACACGUUGCAAAACUCUUAUGAUUAUUUUCUUAUAAACAGUUGGGACUUCCUAGGUGGGAUAUUAUUGGAAAUAUACCUUGGAUGUGUUGAACAGUUGCGGGGUCAAAAUAAUGCCGCCAUUGGUGAUGAGGAAGUAUUGAAAACUUGUCUCAACUUGCUUGCGUGUUUGGUGAAGAAGCAUGGCGAUUCAGUGGGAAUAAAUUCGUACAAAUUGGUGCACAAUAAAAGACAUGUGGCCCAACUUUUCGACAAGAUUGAUGGUUGCAGCGGCAGCUUGUCUGAGUCCUUGGAGUUCCCCUUGAAUAAUUUCUUCAAGUUCAAAGUGAAACCUUAUGUCAAUGAGGAUGACUCUACAGAUAAUGACGUGUAUUACGUUGAGGUUGACAUAUACAAUUCCUUUAAUGUACCAGUGAGAUGCUCAUCCAUGCAGGUGCUUUUAGUAGAUGAUGCGGGAGCAGAAUUGAAAUUCAAGAGUAACAACAUUGAAUUGUCCGAUGUAUGCGAUAAACAAACUUUCAAACUUUAUACCUGCGAUGUCAAGUUUGGCCUAUUUUCAGUCAAUCGAUUAGUGCUUUCAUUGAAUGAGAAGUUGUCGCUUUGUCAGAAUUACUCAAAAGAAGAACUGGGAGGUCCUGACAGCUCCAUUUUCAACGACACUGUUGUUGAGCACAAGAGUAAACCCAAGUCUUUUUCUUCAUCUGAUAUAUUGAUUUGUCAAAGUGUUGAUAAAUUCCAAGCACAAUUUCUUGCAUCAAAAGUGGUUGAAUUGGGCUCUACGGAGGUUACCUUGGUUUUGAAGAAUGGAUCCAAUAAAGUGUCCGACGUCAAAAUCGAGCUCUUUUCCAGGACUGAUGGUGUUCGACUUUCGAAACCUCAAAUCACCAUAGAAAAACUCGAUGCAAGAGAAAUUCAGACACUUCAAGUUCCUUACACGUUUUUUGACACAAAGUUGAUCAAUAUGCAAGCUCACAUAACUUACUUUGUUGGUGAGGUUAAGUAUACGGCUCAAGUUUCCUACGACGUUGAUGCAAGAUUGAGUGUGUCAGUCUCAGUGCAAGACGUAUUCAAGACAAAUUUUUUCUAUUCAAAAUUUCAGGUUGGAACUGUGGAUGCAAAGUUGCCUAUUCGAUUACUACUGCAGAAGCUAACCAGUGCCGAUUACGAUAUCAAACUGCCAAAUAGAAGUGAUUUGCAAGACUUGGUUGCAUUUGGAGAACAACCAAUUACAUUCUUUUACAAGAUUAAUCCAAAGGAGGGCCAUUCCAUAGAUUGUGAAGAUAAAUUGGAUCUUUCACUCUGCUACACUAAUUUGCAAGAAGAAUGCGAGCACUUGUUGGAUAAGUACGUAUGGCAAUUGUUGCAAAAGCAUGAGUUGAUACGGUAUUGGUAUUUGAUCAAAGAAACGAUCUUGUCAAAAGUGCAUUUUGAUUUGAACAGGUAUGCUGUGCAAGAUGUGCUAAAAGUUGUAAACUUGGAGCAUUUGCAGUUAUUUGCUGAUAGGAUUAUUGGUAGAUAUGUUGAGCACAGUCAAGAUCAAGUUCAAUUACAUCAGAUUUUUGCUCGCUUGGAGGAAAUCACCACUGAAAAAUCCGAUUUGAGUCAAGUUGAGCACCAGUUGAGGAUCAAAGUUGCCGUCCCCAUUUUGAACUAUCUUCAUGUUGUCGAAUACAAGUAUGAAAAACGCACUUACGUUGUGGGAGAACCUAUUCCAGUCACACUACAUAUCCAAACAGUGACUAAUUGGUCGGAUCACAGUAACAAUCCACCCGUUUUGGCAGUAUCCUCUCCAUCUCGAGGCACAAAUGACCUUGCUAAUGCUAAUGCUGCUGCAGCAACAGCUACUGCUGCUUCUCCUGCUGAACAUGAUGCAUCUGCACGAAAUGACGAGGUUUUACCACCAACGCCACCUCCCAUUAAUCAAAAAUUUUUAGCCAUUGUUCAACCAGAUGAAAAUUGGUUGGUAUCAGGAGUCAAGAAGCAGACCAUUGAUUUGAAGAAUCCCUUCCAGACUGAAGUGCGCAUGAUUCCUUUGCACGUGGGCAAAUUGUACUUGCCUAAAUUGACAAUUAGCCCAAUUGACGAAACAGGAGCCAUGAUGACUCCAGCAGCAAAUUCGGACAUUGAGUUUGUGAAUGGAUGUGAGACUAUAAUGUCAGUUCCCGAUGUACGACAUAUACAAUUUUCCUUCUAG